GGGCAAUGAAUAAUCAGUAUUGUUCUGCUCACAAAACAACACCCUAUAAUUUAGUAUUCGGUCAAUUACCACAUAAUGAAAGUAAUACAGUUAAUAUUUUAGAAAAUAAUAAUUAUUAUAAUCAAGAAUUGCUCUUAGAAAAUUCUGAAAUUAAUAAUAAUACUAGUGAAUCGGAGAACUUCAAUUUGGAAAAUUCUGAUUCUAGAUUUUCUGAUUUAGAAGGCUUCAUAUCAACUUAUUCUGAUUCAACUAAUUUAAAUUUAGAAAAUACUUAUUUAGAAGAUUCCGAAUUCCAAAUUGAGAAUAGUUUUGAAACAAUUAUUUCAGACUCAGAUGACUCUUUGGAAAAUUCAAUGCAGAAUAUUAUUAAUAUAAGUGAUACAGAGUCAAUUGAAUUUCCACGUCUUACUGCACAACAAAAAGAAAAAUGGCGAGCUUAUACUAUUGAAUCACCUGAAUUAGUAAGAGAAGAAAGUAUUGAAUCACAAGAAACAAUUGAGAGACAUUCAACUUCUAAUAGUCAAGAAUGCCCAAGUUAUGAUAAUCAAGAACGCCCAACUCAGAAUAUUCCGGAACAUUCAUUUUCUAA